CCCUGUUUCUUUCAUACUGCGGAACUCGGCACGGGUGGAUUUGAAACUAAUAGUGGAAAAUUAGACGUUUCACAAAUGCUAGUCAGUUAUUAAAGGCACACGUUUUACCGAUUACUAGGCAACUUCUUUUUUUUUUUUUAGCAUUAAGCUAAAGACAAGUGUAAAGUGCGAAGUAUUUGGUCGUUUGCGUGCAGGUUUAAGAAGCUUUGAGCACCUGCGGUUAGCCAGCUAGCAUAAAGUUGAAUUCAAAUGUCGGUCUUUAGAUAGGUAAGGUUAGCCAUCGUAACAAGUCAUGACGGAAAGAAGAGAGCAGGUACAGCUAAGGAACAACCCUCGCAGGCAACUGAAGAAGCUUAGUGAGGACAGUCUGACCAAGCAACCCGAAGAAGUGUUUGAUAUAUUAGAGAAACUUGGAGAGGGGUCUUAUGGCAGUGUAUUCAAAGCACAUUAUAAAGAGACUGGGGAGAUCGUGGCGAUUAAACAGGUUCCUGUGGAGUCAGACCUACAAGAAAUCAUUAAAGAGAUCUCCAUUAUGCAGCAGUGUAACAGUCCGCACGUGGUGAAAUAUUAUGGCAGUUACUUUAAGAACAGUGAUUUGUGGAUUGUCAUGGAAUACUGUGGAGCUGGCUCUGUGUCUGACAUUAUCAGACUGCGCAACAAAACGUUAGCAGAAGAUGAAAUAGCUGCCAUUGUGCAGUCUACCCUUAAAGGACUGGAAUACCUGCACUUCAUGAGGAAAAUCCACAGAGACAUCAAAGCUGGAAACAUUCUGCUGAACUCUGAGGGACAGGCCAAACUUGCUGAUUUUGGUGUUGCGGGACAGCUAACUGACACAAUGGCAAAACGCAACACAGUGAUUGGGACACCAUUUUGGAUGGCUCCAGAGGUCAUUCAGGAAAUUGGCUAUAACUGUGUAGCGGAUAUCUGGUCUCUGGGCAUUACUGCUAUAGAAAUGGCUGAGGGAAAACCGCCGUAUGCAGACAUACACCCCAUGAGGGCAAUAUUCAUGAUUCCAACAAAUCCCCCACCAACAUUUCGGAACCCUGACCAGUGGUCAGAAUCCUUCAGGGAUUUUGUGUCACAAUGCCUAAUCAAGAAUCCAGAAAACAGAGCAACAGCCACACAGCUAUUACAGCACCCAUUCAUGAAGAGUGUUAAGUCCAACAGCGUCCUAAAGGCACUAAUUACAGAGUCUAUGGAGCUCAAACUCAAGAAACAAGAGGCUCAACAGAGAGAGCAGGAUGCAGAGGAUGAAGAAAAUUCGGAUGAGGAUGAAGUUGAUCAGGGUACAAUGGUGAGGGCCAGCACAUCAGAUCUUGGAACUGUACGUGCAGCCGGGUCACUCAGUAGUUCUUUGGGAACCAUGAUUCAGCACAACGACAGCACCUUGGAGUCUCAGAUUGGUACCAUGGUUAUAAACUCGGAGGAUGAAGAUGAGGAUGCAGGCACAAUGAAACAUAAUUCAGAAACAAUGCAGCCAGCUAAGCCGUCAUUCCUACAGUAUUUUGAACAGAAAGAAAAGGAGGACAACAAAAACAGUGACAACGACUGUAACAGACUGCCUACAGAAGGGGACAUGGAGGUGAUACGUUCCUUAAGUGUUGAGGAGCUAAGAAGACGUCUGGCCUCACUUGACCCUCAGAUGGAGCAGGAAAUUGAGGAGAUCCACCAGCGCUACCAAGCAAAACGCCAGCCUAUUCUCGAUGCUAUUGAGGCCAAAAAGCGACGUCAGCAGAACUUUUAAACCAGCUAAAGAAACUCUUAAUGACUCCUCAACAAUUUUUUACAGUCAAUUACCUGUAAAGGUAGCUGUGCCAGUCCCAGCUACGCUUCCGUAUGUUUUUUUUAACUUAGUUUUCUUUUUGCAUUUGCUGUUUUAUUUUAUUUUUUUAAUCUGUUGCUGUUUCUACACCAUUGUUGGUACUAGAUUGUUGUUCUUAUGAGAUCAAAAAGUAGGAAACAACAUUUUGUCAUACACUGUUUGACUUGCUGCACUUUUGUAAGACCUGCAUAACUUGGGCAAGUAUUUUGCCAUUUUUUUGUCAUUUUUAUGACUGUAGGUAUCACAGUUCACAACAUCUGUUGGUCAUUAAGAUCAUGAUGAUGAUCUUAUUUAUAGGAUUUUCUAAAGCAGCCAAAACUUUCCUGGCCAACACAAACGAAUACCUUAUAAUUUAUAAAAGUCUUUUUAAACAUCACAUUAUCUGUACUGUCAAUUCAAUGUAGACACACUCGAGAAUGAAUGUCUGGUUAAAACACAAAGUCACAUGAUAAAACUAAGGCUGGAAUUAUAAAAAAUAAUAGGAAAUAAAACUGUCUGCAGUAGAUUUUAUAUAAAAAUACUGAAAAUCAAACAUGUCUACAUUUUAAAAAAUCCUUUUAUUCAAUCACCUACAUUCUAUAGUCAAGUAUUAACUGUUUUACUAUCCAGACCUCAGUAUUCACAUUCCACUUGGACAUAUCUUUUUAUUACAUAGGAAAAAAUGCAGGAUUGUGUUCAAUAAACAAAUCUACAUGGUGCAGUUCCCUAUGAACAGUUCCCUGUUUUAUAGUUCCCUAUGAACUACAUGGCUGCUAAAAGGUAGUUUAUUAGAGCAGUCCUUAAAAUCACAAGUCAUGGCUGUAGUUCUAAAUAUUGUUUAUAAACACAUUUCCACCCCUUGAAUAGAUGUAUUUAUCUUUUUACGUAACAAUCUAGAAGGGCAUAAGUGGAAACCUGUAGCACCCUCUCUGAUUUGAUGAUCUCUGUAAGAAUAUUAUAUUUGAUAUAAUGGUGUACUAAUUUAAAGAAAAUAAUAAAAUAAGUUAAUUAAAAAAAAGCUGAAUGCUGACAUUUUUCUUUAAUGGUUAAUGUCAGAUCAGGCAGUCCAAUUUUAUAAAGUAGUUUAUUUUUUAACAUUUAAAGUUUGUGGAAUCCAUGAGGGUGUGGUAUUUUUUUAGCUAGAGUGUAUGUUUGUCAUUGCAAAAUAGACUCAGGUUUAUUUGACUCAGGAUAUAUUUGUAUUGCAAUCCAUAGCUACUGUGAAAGAUUUGUAUAGUGCUUUUUUUUUGGAGCUUGUUACACUGUAAUAACAUGACUGAUAAAUACAGUAGUAAUACAUGCUGCUUCCUCUUGCUCUCUCUCUCUCCCUCUACCACCCUCCAUCCUUGUGUGUGUGUGUGUGUUUGUCUGUCUUGUUCUCCCACGCUCUUUCACACACCACACAAUUUAGGCUCAAUGUGAAUAUACUGUAGAACCAAUGUCAAUACACCUCAUCUGUUCUAAAAUUGGUCUUGAACAAUUUUGUCUGUGCCUUAAACUAUGCAAUAUCUGUUUUCAAGUGUUUAAAAGUUUCUUUUGUCAGUUUGGCUUAUGUGUGAAUAAUAAACUGGAUUCAUUAUAA